AUGACUCGGGGUGUUCCCCGACUGGCCGUUGCCGCCCGACACUUCUCCACCGCCGAGGCUGCCGGCGUCAAGGUCGCUGCCCAGGACGGCCAGUCCCCCAUCUCGGACCUGUCUGUGGUGCUGCGAGGUGGUUCUCGAUACGCCACCGUGCCCGGCGUGUCGCACAUUCUGGAGAAGUUUGCCUUCCAGAACACGGUGCCCAAGUCUGCUCUGCGAUUCGUCCGAGAGCUGGAGCUGUUUGGCGGCAAGCUCUACACCCACACCACACGAGAGCACAUUGUGCUGCGAACCCAGUUCCUCAAGCAGGAUCUGCCCUACUUUGUCGACGCCUUUGCCAACGUGCUGAAGGAGACCAAGUUCCAGCAGUUUGAGCUCACCGAGCGAGUCGCUCCCGUGGCCGAGCUCGACCUCCUCAAGCGAGAGUCGGACCCUGCCUUCACUGCCCUCGAGGCUGCCCACGAGGUUGCCUUCCGAACCGGCCUCGGAAACUCCGUCUACGCCCAGGGCUACUCCCCCGUCACCCUCGAGGACGUCAAGGAGUUUGCCCGACAGGUCUACGCCAAGCAGAACGUUGCUGUUGUCGGCAACAACGUGGUCCCCGCCGAUCUGCAGCAGCUGGUCGGCACCGCCUUUGCCGACCUGCAGGAGGGCUCCAAGGUGACCCAGGCCGGCACCACCACUCUCCACGGCGGUGAAGCCCGAGUCCGAACCUCCACCGGCAACGCUCUGACCAUCGCCCUGCCCAUUGCCGAGCCCAAGCCCGUCUACCACGCCCUGGCCUCCUUCCUCGGCGGCCCCGCCUCCAUGCCCUGGUCCGUCGGCGCCUCUCCUCUCGCCCAGGCCACCGUUGGCACCCACACCUCCGUCAAGGCCACCUACCACAACUACGGAGACGCCGGCCUCUUCGCCAUCACCAUCAAGGGCGACUCCCCCGCAGAGAUCUCCCAGGUGGCCCACAAGGCCGUCCAGGCCCUCAAGGACACUGGCGCCGAGGUGACCGAGGAGCAGGCUGCUCGAGCAUACGCAAAGUCCAAGUUUGCCGCCGCUGAGGCCUUUGAAAACCCCGACUCCUCCGCAUCCGUCAUUGGCAUGGAGCUUCUGUCCGGAGUCUCCCGAAUCGCCCCCGAGAACGUGCAGAAGUUCACUCCUGCCGAGCUCUCCGAGGCCGCCGCCCAGCUGUCUGCCAGCGCCAAGCCUGUUGUUGCUGCCGUUGGCCAGGUCCACGCUCUUCCUUUCGCCGACGAGCUUUUUUAA